CUUUAGCAUAGCAUCUCGCGAUUCGACCGUGCCGGACCGGACCGACAGUGACUGUUGAAGUUGGAGUGACAAAAACCGUUCCCCUCGCGUGACCCCAACGGUUUCCAAUUGUAGCAGUCUAGGCGGCAAAACGAGAAGAAAUCUACUCGGGAGCGUGCGCGCAAUUUCGCAUCGGCCAUUCAAUUUGACUAUUGAGCUUGCGCACUGAAGAGCGUAUCGGUAAUAUCCGUAACCUCGAGACAAUCCUUGCAAAAUCCGCAACGCGCGGAAAAAGUUACACGGAACAGGUGCGGAAUCGUGGCUACAUCUCUGGAAUCGUUUUCGCGUUAAUAUGACGAAAUAAUUUGUGACUCAAGCCUAAAUGUGUUAAUUUGAUUACGACCGUUACUGUUCAACCCCCGGAAAUGUGUGAUGAACGUGUACCGAUAAUAUAACAGCCGUUGUGAUCUGGUGGCUGAUAAGAUUUUUUUUUUCAGUAGAAAGCGAAAGGUUCGAAUUGGUCGCAAAUUAGGUGUGAAGAGUUGUGCUAUUUUCAGCAGAUUAAAGUGAAGUGACCAGUGUGAUUUUAGUCAAAUUACGGAAAAGGCACUUUUCAAAAAUCAACAUUGCCUCACGUAGACACACACACAUUAAUAACCGACACGCAAAAUGGUCCGUCUACUAGUGCUACUGUUGUGCAUUUCCCUGUCAACUACCCAGAAGCCUGCCAACUUUAACUUGAAAGAGAAAGUAGACGUGGACCCACAAGUGCUCGAGAUUCACCGCCAGAAUCUGAUCACGCAGAAAAUCCUGCAGCGCUACCUCGAGCGACGACUGCACCCGGAGCGAAAACCCCAGAUCCGAGUACCGUCGGUGGACGAGAUUCUGGCGCGAUCGCUGGCGUCCAGUUCGGUCCGGGGCACGCGACAGCAGAACCAAAACGCGACCAGCUUGUACAAGAGCACCUCCGGCAGUCGGUACAAUUUAUUCGGCGAGUACAGCAGUAAACUGUACGACGAGGAGCAGGGGGAUAGAAACCAGGGACAGAAUGACGAGGACUACGAGGGCGAGCGUGAACUGGACCCGUACGACGAUCUGGGGAGCUCGCUGGAUAAUGAUCACAUCGACGUUGAAUCGUUGCAGUCGGGCGAAUCGGAACAUGUAGAUUCGUUCUAUCGAGACAAGUCCUACCGGCAGAGAGCAUCACAGCUAUCAGAUUGUCCCAACUGUGUCGAAGAUUCCAGCGUUCCCAUGAGAUGGACGAUGCCACUGCUAAAACUUGGCGAGAAGCGGUAUUAUCUCAGCAUUUUCUUCAAGGCUAACUGGUUCAAGGCGCUGCAGUACUGCCGAUACCAUGGAAUGCAGCUCGCCAGCAUACAGUCCCAGGAGGAGAACGAUCGCCUGGAGAAAUACGUGAAGGAUUAUGGUCUAGCGGCCGAGCACUUCUGGACGUCCGGUACGGAUCUGGCGGAGGAAGGUAGCUUCUUCUGGAUCUCCAACGGGCGUCCGCUAUCCUUCACGAAUUGGAACGCCGGAGAGCCGAACAACUUCCGCUACGAAAACGGCGAGGAAGAACACUGCCUGGAGCUGUGGAAUCGGGACGGGAAAGGAUUGAAAUGGAACGACACGCCCUGCAGCUUCGAGACGUACUUUAUCUGCGAGGUUUGAGGUCAUACAGCUCGUAUCAUCACAUUCCUUCCCGGACGGAAGGGGGCACCCAACCCCGGAGUCUGUGUCUUACCAUAAAUACAUGCCAGCGGAUACCACAUUACUGUCGUUAAUCUAUGAGAUUUUAAAUCUAGCUGUACUCUCGUACGAUUAAUUCGUUUGUUUUUUUCUAUAAUUGUAAGUGUUCAAAACCUGAGCCAAUUUCAAAGAAACAAGUCUGUUCAAAUCUUUAGAGUGUAAGUACUAUUCGAUUUUAGCGAUUAUCUUUUAAAGUUCGACCUUGAACAGUCAAAUAUAGUGUCGUAUUGUGUCGAGAAUAGUUUACUCGGUCGUAAAAUUAAUGUUAAACAUAUGAAAAUGUAAUUAAAAGAGCAGAAUUAUUUAUCUAGUGACAAGUUGAAGCUCAAGUAAAUAUUGUUUCUCGAAAGCAUUGUAUAAGUAUUAAGAAAAAUAUUGACAUGAGAUAUUUUGUUUUGGGUUUUCUAUCACGAAAUACCAGCUGACAAUUGAGUCCAUUUUUGAAUCCAAAAUAUAUUUAAAUCAGCCUCAUGUCAUAGAAGGCGUUCCUGUACAGCCAGCAUCACUGCCAUGAAAAUCAAAACAACAAAGAGAAUUUGGAUAGAAUCAUUAAAUACUGAAUUUGAUCACGAAGUGUCAUAUCGUAUGCUAUCUAAUCAGGCUGGAUGUUGUUGGCUCGAAUCAAAACUUGUCGAAAGUAAACACCAUUUCACCGGGUACCAUUUCGAUGCGGCUUAGCCGCAUAACCGAGGCCUAGGAACUGAAGCGGCGCAAAGCCGCUGAGGAUCCGCCGGGCGAGGUGGCCGUCGGAAGCAAGCGAACCUGUGAUCCACUCGUUUGCCCGGCUUACUCAAACAUAGGGGCUAUCUCUAGUUUAAGUCCGACUGAGCGGUAGCGAAGUCGGACAGCACGCGCAAAAGCGAUGUGGCGUAGCCACAUUGAAUGCUGGACACAAAAUAAAAUUGGCAACGCUAGCAAAAUGUAAACACAAAUGAACACUCCGGAUGAACCUAUCGUCAAUUGACAUUUCGACGAGUUUUGAUUCGAGCCAAUAAUAUGGGCCCAUCUAAUCAUUCCGCAAGAUGCAAAAUGCCCUUUGGAAUGCUAAAAUAUAGUGCUAGAAUUAUAGCUAUAAUUACAGACACUUUAUACACAGACUAGCGAAGUGUCAAAAAUUGCAGCCAAACGGACUGCCAAAAAGCGCAGCCAAACGAGCAUGAUGGUUUUGAGAGGGGAAGUAUAAGAGGAAGUCCAUCCCGGUCAGCGUGGCAAGCAGAAAGUUAGCAAAAGUUGAGUAAAGCGAAAUUGAUGCUGGCAGCGUUUCUGCGAGCAUUUUGCGCGAUUUUUGCGAGAAUUCUGGCAACGAAUUCGCACAAAUGCUACAACCGUUUCUGACAGAAGCGGUUAAACCAACCGAUGCUGCUCACUUUUAUCCAGAAUCGAGCCAGAAAUGUACGGCCAAGAUCUCUGCAUGCUUCCUGCCACGAAUCGAGCAAAACAUCAUGUCAGAUGUUUUGCUCGAUUCGUGCUAAAUUCUACCAGGUAGGAAUUGCCAGGAUCUUUGCACAGUUUUUGUCCGAGUUAUGCCAGGUUUUAGCUCGGCUCCUGUCAAAAUUUGCCAGAAAACGCGUGCGAAACCGAGUUCGCCCUAGCUCAACUAACCCGACAGGAUACGCGCAGAAUUCUGACAGGGCUGCUAAAGCAAGACUUACAGAAAUCUAGCAGAGCGGUCUCUGCCAGAAAAUUUGCUCACUGGGAUGCAAAGCUUAUGGGAACUUCCGUGAUGCCAGUUUACACUCAUGGUUGCUAGUUUUACUGUUUUUCUUUCCGCAAGUCUGUUAUAUAAAGUGUCUGUAGCUAUAACGCCACAUAUAUGUAGUGCGCUGUCAAACUCCAUAUGUUGGUAUAAGGUUGCCAGGAGGAUGGUUGAAAUCUGCACACAUGGGCACAGUGACACAUGACGAGCAAAGCCUCUAGCGCUAUGGGCUUUGUCUUUUUCGCUAUCAGAGAUCGGUUCUAUCUUUUGACAGAGACAUCCUAGCGAAAAACUUUCUUCUGCACGUUGACGUUUGCGGCCAUACGCAAAACGUCUUCUGCAAAGUAGUUUAUUGUGACGUCCAUACCAUACGUCCUGGUUUCCUAGAACAUAUCCCGGUUUUUAAAUAAUUGUCCUGGGAUGCCUGGUUUUUAUCCUAUAACCCUAUUUUUUAUUGAGUAUACGCUUUUUUCACUCUUUUCCAGGUCGCAGUUACAGUCUCGACCGCAACCAUAUUUGCAACGUAGGCUUAUUUUUAAAUAGAGUACGACAAAAAUGCCUAAUACACUCCAAUACAUAAUUUGCACCAUCCAAUAUCUAUUUUUAUCUCUCAACAGUGGGUCGUUAUUUCUCUUUUCAAUUUUAUUUUUUUACAUGGAAAUUGCAAAGAGAAACAACGUGUUUCAUAAUAAUGUGAUCGAGGUUCUUGCUACACUACAAUCAGCGAAUAUUUCAAGUUGUUUUGGAGAAAUCUACAAUUCUCAAUUGAGCAGAAGAAAUGAAAUAUUUUGAAAUCGUCUGCGGAGGACUGGUGAGAAGCUCUUAGCACAAAUACACGUCAUUGAAGCAUUGAAGUAAAGCAGAAAUAUCAACGGUCUUAAGUAGUUUCCCUGAGCUAUUCAUGGCGAAAAGAAGAAAGGUGACUCCAUGCAAAUCAGCCUGUCGGACCUCUGACAGCGCCAGAUACUCUUCCAAGCGGACUGCAGUUUAUUCGUAAGACACGUACAUUAACAUUCUUCCACUAUUUGAUUCGCCGUUACUCGACAUUAGGCAGAUAUACCGCGAAAAUGUUGAUUGCCCUACCCAUUUCUCUGGAUAAUGGCUGUUUCUAAUCUCUGCGUAGAAUUAUAUGAAUGUAGUCCGCUUGGACAAAAAUUUGGAGCUGUCAUAAUUCUGCCAAGUCUGGCGAGCAGAUUCGCCGCACCCUUUCACCUUUAUUUCUAUUUCUUUGAAUUUCGUCAUGAAUAGCUCAGGAAAGCAUUUUAAUACCGUUGAUGUUUCAGUUUUACUUCAAUUUACUUCAAUAACGUGUAUUUGUGCUGAAGACUCGUCACUAGUCCUUCGCAGACGAUUUCAAAAUUUUUCAUCUAAUCUGCUCAAUUGAGAAUUGCAGGCUCUCCAACAACAGCUGGAUGGUGUAGCAAGAACUGCGAUCGAAUCUCUGCUAGACGCUUUAUGACUGCACACUUAGAAAAAAAUGAAAAUUACAUUUGACGUAAACAAUAUUGCGACGUGUUUUGAUGGCUAAUAAUGGAAUUUUACAUAUUUUGACAUGUGAAAUAAAAUAUUGUGUCUCUUUUGCAGUAGAACUGAAUUGAGAUGGAGAAUUGCGCAUUUUUACAUGUAAAUUGAAUGGAAAUUCAAACUCUUUGUAUAUGCAUCUUGCGAGAUGUAAAUAUUUUUAAGUGUGUGCCGAAAACCUGGGGAAAAUUUUGUCAGGCAGAGCGAGAGCUAACGGGCUGGGUGGAGCUCCACGUUUGACUGUGCUGGGUUUUUACUGGACUGAUAUGGUCACCGUAUGCAUAUAUAACCCAUAGCCUAUGAACAGUAUUGGAUGAUGAUCUCGAACUCGAUCUCGAAAUCAAGUAAAAUCGAGUAUUACAAAUACUUGUUGCGUAGAAUAUUUGCUGUUCUUUACGAAUUAGAUUUGGAUGUUGGAUUUAAAAUCUAGACAUCGGAGGAUGCUUUUAGCGCUCUGUAUACGUGUCCUGGGGGUUUGGUAUUUUGAAGGGUGUUACGAUCAAAAAUUGGCCCAACAACAAUGUGUGUCAAUCGGUCCAACUUAUUAUUGAACAAUCAAAUCCUGUUUCGCGUUGCUCCUCUUGCUUCAAGGCCAUUUUCACAACUCUAGACAAACGCGUGAAAGGGGCAUAAGUCCAAAUGACGACCUCUCUGCGUUUACUUUCUCUUUCGAUUAUUAUGGUAUCAUUAAAAAAAACUUUUCAACUGUGUUUCAGUGCAUAUCGAAAGACACUAAUUUCAUCUACCUUAUUAUGCUAAAAGUUAAGAAGCAACCGCAAAAGCGGCCGAGUUAUUGGCGGAAGAAAAAGUAAACAAAGAGAGACUCUCAUUUGAGUUUAGGCCUUUUCACAUGUUUAUCUAGAACUGAAGAGUAAGUGUCAUCUUUAAAAUGAGGGGUGUACUGGUUUUCAACAAACAAAACAAAAAAUUAAUCAAGUUAAAGUUGACCAAUUUUUGAUCGUAUCACCCUCUAGGACUAAUUGAGACUUUGACGAAUUUGGUUUUGAUCAGCAUAAGGUAAUAAUUAUCAAUACCAAAACUGGAUUCAUUCCGUUUGAUAGUUAUGAAUCACCAGAAAGCGAAAUAAUCCCAAAUUGUUUAACCACCGUUGAGUAACUGUUUCUACAAAAAUUUACAAUGUACUUAAUUUUGAACUCAAUUCUGCGUAUCAAAUAAAAAAACAAAAAUCAUUGGUAGAAAAAAGGAUCUGAAGGUAUUCAGAUAACAAUGCAGUCAGAACGUUUUAUUUUGUUGUUGUAAGAACAAUUCAUUCAUUACCAAUGUGACUCAACUGCGGUUUACUCGUGCAUAGGAACCCUACAAAAAAGUUACGUUUAAUAAUUAAGAAAAUAAAUCGAUUGUAAAUAAUUCUUACUCCCCCCCCCCCUUUACAUUGCCGG